UGCGCACACCUCCUUUCAGUUCAGAGAUCUAUUGACUUUCUGUGAACUUUGGAUAGAAUAAAACCUCCUGAAAUAAAAAAAAGGGAAGAUGUUUAGCUUUACAAAUCAAUCUGAUGGACAUCAACCUUGUCAAGAGACAGCAAGCCAGGUCCCAAAGGCAUCGCCAGCCAUACAUCUCAACUAGGACCUGACAAGGAGAAGACAGCUCUGGUGACGUCACGGAUUGGCUCGGAAUCACAAUGAAGCCGGUGCACGCUCUCGGAGUAGUGGCUGUAGGCGCCGUAUCGCUUGUGAUCGGGAUAUUGAUCGGGAGAUAUGCCAUUGCUCCAGAGCUACCGGGGUGGCUGAAGAGAAUGAGCAAAGAUGGAGACUCCAAGUACAGCCAGCAGCUCCAGCAAGAAAUUCAAGCAAACAGAAUUGAGGAAAACCUGAGGUAUUUUUCCAGCAAACCUCAUAUAGCCGGAAGCCCCCAAGAAGAAGACGUACUCGUCAAUUAUAUCCACAAGACGUGGCAGACAAGUCUGGAUGGAUCCAAGAUAUACAAUUACACGGUGCUUCUGUCUUAUCCCAACGCAAGCGAUCCCAACUACGUUUCCAUCCUGUCUUCUGAUGGAACCGAGAGUGACAUAUCAGACAAGGUUGAAAAGAUCCUUAGCCCUGACCAGAAUGAUCCAACGGUCGUCAAUCCUUUCAACGCGUAUUCUCCUGCUGGUGUUAUUGUGGGGGAUCCUGUCUAUGUCAACUAUGGCGCGGUGGAAGAUUUCCACUAUCUGACAAGGAACCUUUCAAUAAAUUUAACAGGAACUGUGGCCAUUGCCAGGUAUGGCAAGAUUUUCAGAGGAGAUAAGGUGAAGAACGCUCAGAACUUUGGCUGUGCCGGGAUAAUUCUGUACUCUGACCCUGCAGACUACGUGGCUGGGGAUCCUGAUCGCGUAUUCCCUGAUGACUGGUGGCUCCCCGGAACCGGUGCUCAGAGGGGCACCGUCCUGAACACUGACGGGGAUCCGUUGACCCCCUAUUACCCUUCUACAAAAUCUGCCUUUUUCCUGGAUGAGAAAGAUAUCGCGUUGCCGUUGAUUCCUGUAACUCCAAUUGGAUAUAACGAUGCAGCAAAAUAUCUCAGUAAAAUGUCUGGAAACGAAGUGCCCAGCACCUGGAAAGGGAAACUGAGUCUUACAUACAGAGUAGGUCCAGGCUUUGCUUCAUCAUAUGAGGGAAGCAAAAUAAAACUUUAUGUGCAAUCAUAUAACAUAAAGAAAACAAUCCGAAACGUCAUCGGAUUUAUCGAGGGACAAUAUGAGCCUGAUCGUUAUGUGGUUCUGGGCAAUCACCGUGAUGCCUGGGUGUUUGGAGCCAUUGACCCAUCCAGCGGCACAGCAGCCAUGAUGGAACUGAGUAGAGCAAUGGCAAAGAUGCUUGAAAAGGGAUGGCGGCCCCGGAGAUCCAUUUUGUUCUGUAGCUGGGGAGCAGAGGAAUAUGGACUCAUUGGAUCAACAGAGUGGGUAGAAGAAAUGGGAAAAGUGUUGGGCUCCCGAACCGUGGCGUACCUUAAUGUGGACCUCUCGCUAGCAGGAAAUUCCACCCUCCGGGCACUCGCUACGCCCAUCCUGCACAAACUUUUGUUUGAAGCCGCUAAAAAGGUGGAAAACCCAAACCCAGAAGAAGUAAAAGCCGGGCGGAAAACAGUAUUUGACACAUGGGUUGCAAAUAUGCCAUCGUCCCAUAAUCCAAGUGUCCCGCGCGUUGGGGAUCUAGGAUCUGGAAGUGAUUAUUCCUCCUUUCUGCAACUUCUUGGGAUUUCGUCUGCAGAUGUGAGAUAUAACUACGAUCAGAAGAAAUACUCUCUGUCCUCAUAUCCAAUGUAUCAUUCUGUAUACGAGACAAUGGAUCUGGUGUCGCGUCUUAUGGACCGAGGCUUCAAGUAUCACCAAGCUGUGGCAAGAAUGUGGGGGGAAAUGGCUCUGACGCUGGCCAGCGAUGUGAUCCUGAACUUAGACUGUGUGCAGUAUGCGGCAACAAUGCAAAGGAUUGUCGAUGACGUAGAAAGGGUCUAUGGGUCCCUGCUGCAGAAUAACAGCAUAGGCCUUGACACAGUAAAGGAUGCAGUGGUUGAAUUCCGCACAGCAGCUCGGGCGCUACAGAGGAGAGCAGAAAUGGUCAACAAAGAGAAUCCACUAGAGGUGCGGAGGAUCAAUGACCAACUGAUGCAACUUGAAAGAGCUUUCAUAGAUCCGCUCGGUGUAGCAGGCAACCUAUACUACAGGCAUGUGAUUUACGCCCCUAACCAGCAUAAUAUAUACGCCGCCUCCAGUUUCCCUGGGCUGGCUGCAGCGAUGUUUGAUAUUGAAACAGAUCCCGAUCAGGAGAAGCGUUGGCAACAAGUCCAGAAGGAGAUUUCCAUCCUUGCCUACACAAUCAGUUCGGCGGCUGCCACCAUGCAGGACCCCGGGCACAUUGGGGCAGCCGGCACGCAGUACUGAAAAACACUUUCCAAAUAUAACU